AACAGAACAAAUAAUUGAGAGUAAACAUUUGCUAAUGGACAUUUUUGCAAACGAAAAGCGAAAAGUACGAGUCUGGCCAUGAUAAUGAUAAAGAAAGGCGAGAAGUGGUUUUCUUUCAGCAGCGAUGCUGUUUAACACAGUUGAAUUCCUGGCGCCGCCAUUGAACGGUGGCCGUAAACCGGGGAAGUGCAGUCAUGGAGAUUUGUAUGUAUUACUCGCUUUACAUGUAAUAAAUUGAUAAAUUGAUAUAUGCAUAGAUGAAUUGAAGAAGAAUUGUCUCCUAUCACCCCUUAAUUCAAAUUCCAGACCUAAUCCCGUGGUUCAUUUCUGCAAGAUCAUAGCAAAAUUGUACAGUUUGUUUUACUCUGAACCUCGCUAGCUGUCAUAUAUGGCUCCUCCAUAUUCGAUGGUCUCCAGACAGCAAUCGCGACUCCGAACCCUAACCCUAACCUUUAUUCCGGGCCUUCCUAACGAUUUAGCGGCCUUGAUUUUAUUAUUCGUCCCUUACUCUCAUCAAUCGCGAUUGAAAUCCGUAUGUAAAUCCUGGAGACUACUUUUCUCAUCAAAAACCAUAAUCUCUCUACGCAACAAGCUUCUUUCACCCCCUAGACUCUCCCAUCUACUCUGUAUAUUCCCGGAAGAUCCUUCAAUCACCUCUCCAUGUCUAUUUGAUCCCCAAAAUCUCGCCUGGUCCUUACUGCCGCCCUUGCCAUGCAACCCCCAUGGCUAUGGUCUCUGCAAUUUUACAUCAAUAGCGGUCGGGCCCCACUUGUAUUUACUCGGCGGUUCUCUUUUUGAUACCCGUUCUUUUCCCCUCGACACCCCAUCCCCAUCCUCUUCUGCAUUUCGGUUUGACUUUGCCUCUUCGACCUGGGAAUCACUCUCCCCCAUGAUCACACCCAGGGGUAGCUUUGCUUGUGCUGCCAUCCCAAAUUCCAAUAAGAUUCUUGUUGCGGGUGGCGGUUCUCGACACACUGUGUUUGGGGCUGCUGGAAGUAUUGUGAGCUCUGUGGAGAUGUAUGAUAUUGGAAAGGAUGAGUGGGUCCAGUUGGACGGAUUGCCAGGGUUCCGUGCAGGAUGUGUCGGAUUCUUUGUGGGCCAUGGGGAGGAGGAUAGAGAGUUCUGGGUAAUGGGUGGAUAUGGAAAUUCAAGAACAAUCUCAAAUGUCCUUCCUGUGGAUCAAUACUACAAGGAUGUUCUCGUGAUGGAGUUGCAGAAUGGUAGUGGGAAGUGGAAAGAGAUUGGGGAUAUGUGGGAAGAAGGAGAGAGGAGGAGGCUUGGGAAGAUUGUGGCUGUUGUUGAUGAGUGUGAUGCCCCUGCUGUUUUUAUGCUGGAGAAAAGUAAUAUUUUCAGGUACCAUAGGAGUCCAAACCGGUGGCUGAAGGAAACAAGUCUACCCAAAAAAAGCGCUGAUGAUAGACCAGUUGGGUUUGUUGCUUUGGACGGCGAGUUGUAUGUGAUGACCAUUAUUAAUGGGAUUAGUGCCUCCACGCAUAGUUCAAGGCACCAUAAAAGAUCACCAACUUUAUUGGCUCAAAUAUAUGAUUCAAAGAAGAAAUUUUGGAGAUCAUCCACUUCAAAACUGCCAUUUCACCAUUCAUUGGAUUUCAGCACUGCCAUUCUAUGCUCAAUCCGAUUGUAGACUACACUUGGCUUUCAUUGCUGUUGUGAAUUAUGAUGUAUAUUAUCUGAACUUGAAGGACCGGUUUUACUGGUUGUUCUUGAUACCUUUGGGACAAGGCCCAAACAUGGGGAGGCUCAACACAUUAGUGGCCAUGAAGGUCAGCAUGGAACUAUGACUUGACUCGGACCAAUGUUUGUGCUUUGUGUGGCUCGAUUAUGUACCGAGUCAGACCACGUGCAUCAACGGGACCAAAGGAAGUUGCAAGUGCAGGGUUGUUAUAUGGAGACAGCCAGUCCAUGGAGAAUUAGAGGUUCUGUGGGUUCUCAAAUCUCAGAGUCUCAUACUCUCAUAUGGCUGGCAUUUGCUCGAAUUGUUAUAUGGUCAUUUGCAACCAUAUGUGGAAUGUAAAUACAUACAUGCGGAAUAAAACUAUUAACUUUGUGAUUUGUUUUAAAGAAAUUUCUCUAAACAUGAGUAAACACGCUUUAGAAUUCGGGUUGUCAUUUCUUAAAUAAAGAUAAUU